AUGCGUUCUUAUGUCUUAAGUAAAGAAAAUAAGUAUCUUUUACUUCAAGAUUGGUGGUAAAAACCAACUAAAAGUAAUAUACAUCAUAAUUUAAGGAAAUCAAUAUACUCAUAGUCGCAUACCAUUUAUAAUAUCUGGUAGUCAUAUUUCAAUAAUUUUAAAUAUAUGGUCUUUAUUCAUUCAAAUACUCACAUUAUGGAUUACUCCUUUUAUGAUUUCAUUUUAAUAAGAAAAUUCAAUUUUCUAAGUCCUUUUUAUUAUUAUUUUAUUUUAAGUUUUUUUUGAUGUUUUCAUUAAAAUCAAUAGUCCAUUAAUAGUAAAUGGAGAAACCAUAUAUGAUAAAACUGAAAGAAUUAAAGAUUUCUUUAAAAAAAACUUAUUGGAAGAUUUAAUAUAUAUCUUUACCUUAAUUAUUUCAUUUUUUCCAAUUUUUGAUAAUAUUCAGUUACAAGGUGGCUUUUGUAUAAUUAUCAUUUUCAUCUCUUACAAAAAACUUAAUUAGAAUUAUGAAAGUUUAUAUGAAAUUCUUUAUCUUAAGGGACAAUAUCAUUAUGCUAUAGAUGUAAUAUCACUAACAAUUUUGAUAUUUUCAUAUGCACAUGUUAUGGCAUGUAUUUGGCAUUAUGUUGGUGAAAUUACUAUAGAUCAAGGUCAGUCUUGGUUAAUUUAAAGGAAUCUACAAAAUAGUGAAAUUUGGGAAAAGUAUAAUAUCUCUUUUUAUUGGGCAACCAUGACUAUGUCUACAGUAGGUUAUGGAGAUAUAACACCUACUAAUUAAUUUGAAACUUUAGCAGCUAAUUUGAUGAUGAUUCUUUCAAGUUGCAUGUUUGGUUAUUCAAUUAGUUAAAUUGGAAUGAUACUCAAAAGUUAAUAUGAAGUUUAAUAAAAAUAUAAGUAAUUAUACUAUUCUUAUAUCUUAGACGUUCAAUAAUAAUUAUGAAUGCUUAUAUGAAAAAUAGUUAAGUUGAUUUGUAAAUAUAAAGUAGAAUUAGAAAUUAUCUCAAAUAUUAAUGUGAAAAUGAAGCAAAUGAGAAUAAAGAUGAUAUUAAUAAAAUCAUAACAGAUCUACCAAUUGGAUUAAAAUAGGAACUUGUAUAAGAUGUUUAGAUGAAUAUUAUUAAGAGGAUUAAGAUUUUAAAUAAUUAAUUCUCACAAUCAACUCUUAAAUAAUUAUCUUAGUAUUUAAUAGAAUUUAAAUUUACUCCAGGAGAUGUAAUAUAUCAUAGAAAUGAUUUAAAUGAUCAAAGUCUUUANAAAUUAACUUGUUUAAAAGUUCAAAAACAUUCUCCUUAUGCGUUCUUAUGUCUUAAGUAAAGAAAAUAAGUAUCUUUUACUUCAAGAUUGGUGGUAAAAACCAACUAAAAGUAAUAUACAUCAUAAUUUAAGGAAAUCAAUAUACUCAUAGUCGCAUACCAUUUAUAAUAUCUGGUAGUCAUAUUUCAAUAAUUUUAAAUAUAUGGUCUUUAUUCAUUCAAAUACUCACAUUAUGGAUUACUCCUUUUAUGAUUUCAUUUUAAUAAGAAAAUUCAAUUUUCUAAGUCCUUUUUAUUAUUAUUUUAUUUUAAGUUUUUUUUGAUGUUUUCAUUAAAAUCAAUAGUCCAUUAAUAGUAAAUGGAGAAACCAUAUAUGAUAAAACUGAAAGAAUUAAAGAUUUCUUUAAAAAAAACUUAUUGGAAGAUUUAAUAUAUAUCUUUACCUUAAUUAUUUCAUUUUUUCCAAUUUUUGAUAAUAUUCAGUUACAAGGUGGCUUUUGUAUAAUUAUCAUUUUCAUCUCUUACAAAAAACUUAAUUAGAAUUAUGAAAGUUUAUAUGAAAUUCUUUAUCUUAAGGGACAAUAUCAUUAUGCUAUAGAUGUAAUAUCACUAACAAUUUUGAUAUUUUCAUAUGCACAUGUUAUGGCAUGUAUUUGGCAUUAUGUUGGUGAAAUUACUAUAGAUCAAGGUCAGUCUUGGUUAAUUUAAAGGAAUCUACAAAAUAGUGAAAUUUGGGAAAAGUAUAAUAUCUCUUUUUAUUGGGCAACCAUGACUAUGUCUACAGUAGGUUAUGGAGAUAUAACACCUACUAAUUAAUUUGAAACUUUAGCAGCUAAUUUGAUGAUGAUUCUUUCAAGUUGCAUGUUUGGUUAUUCAAUUAGUUAAAUUGGAAUGAUACUCAAAAGUUAAUAUGAAGUUUAAUAAAAAUAUAAGUAAUUAUACUAUUCUUAUAUCUUAGACGUUCAAUAAUAAUUAUGAAUGCUUAUAUGAAAAAUAGUUAAGUUGAUUUGUAAAUAUAAAGUAGAAUUAGAAAUUAUCUCAAAUAUUAAUGUGAAAAUGAAGCAAAUGAGAAUAAAGAUGAUAUUAAUAAAAUCAUAACAGAUCUACCAAUUGGAUUAAAAUAGGAACUUGUAUAAGAUGUUUAGAUGAAUAUUAUUAAGAGGAUUAAGAUUUUAAAUAAUUAAUUCUCACAAUCAACUCUUAAAUAAUUAUCUUAGUAUUUAAUAGAAUUUAAAUUUACUCCAGGAGAUGUAAUAUAUCAUAGAAAUGAUUUAAAUGAUCAAAGUCUUUAUUAUAUACAAGAAGGAAUUGUUAAUAUUUAUGAAGAAAAUAGUCAAAAACUUUUAUAAUCCUUAAAAGCUGGUGAUACAUUUGGUGAAUAUUAAUUCUUUACUGGAUUUUAAUCAUAAACAUCUACUAAAAGUUAAGGGUUUACAAAAAUAUUUAAAAUAAAUCGCUAAUCUUUAUUAUAGUUAUUAAAUUAAAAUUCUAAAGAUUUUCAAAGAUUUCAUCAUAUUAAAGAUAAUAUUAUUUUUAAUAAGAAUUUUUAAAUUGUAUAAAAAUGUUGUAAUUUUUGUAAAAUUGCUGAUCACAUUAAUAUUGAUUGUCCACUUUUAUCUUACAAACCAGAUAUUUUAUAGAGAAUUAAAAAAGCUGAAUUAAAGCCAUCUAUAUAAUAAAGAUAUUUUUUAUAAAGAAAUAAUUAAAAAGUGCGAUGUUUAAUGUUACAUUCAGCAAUAUAAGAUACUGUUGAAGAAUAUAAAGCAAAUCUUUCUACUACUUAAAUCGAUGUUGAUAUGAAAUUAUUUUCAACAUAUGCUACAAAAGAUUUGAGUAGUAAUUGUUAAAAAGAAUCACUAUUAGAUAGACAAUAAACUAAACCUCUUCCAGUUGCUCCUUUAAAAAAAAAUAACUCUUUUUUGAUAAGAUAAAGAAAUUAAUCUUAAUAGAAAAAAGUUGGAAUUUUUGUUAAUUUAAAAUCAGUCUUUAGAGAUUCUGAUCGAUAAUUAAAAUCUGAGUCUGAAGAUGAUCAAUAAAAUAAUUCACCUAAAAAUUAAGUUUCAUAAUAAUUUCAAAUUGAUUUUAAUGAUUUAUAAAUGAAUUAGUUUGAUGAUUAAUUUCAAACUACAAAUUUCAAUAUUGAUAGAUUAAUGAAUUAUUUUGGUUACAUGCCUAUGUCUAAUGUAAUUUAUGCUUUGAGAAAAUAUGAAAGACUCUAUAAGUAUUCAAAAGUGAAGACAAUUAAUUAUCCUGAAUCAGAAUCUAGGAAAUUUAGUAUUCCCUUAUAUUAUAGUAGAAGAGAUUCAAUAAAUGAAUUAUUAAAAGAAAAGUAUUGA